CCCCCGACGUUCUGGGGCGGGGGCGGAGCCAACCUGCCGGCUUCGAGGUUGACCCGCGCGCGCCCCUAGCGGCAAACCAGGGACAUGCUGCACAUGCGCAGUUAGGGACCGGGGCGUGCGCGCUCUAUGCAAAUGAGCCACCUGCCUCCCCCCAUCCCCUCUGGCGUUCGGUUGGGAAAGCCCUCGGGGCGGGGCAUCGAGGUUUCCCUCAGGCGCCGGUGUUGCCCUUUAGCCCCUCUCCUAAUGCUGCCUCCAGCUGCUUGACCCCCCCCAGACCAGUCAAUUUCCGCCCCCUGCUCAGGCCCUGGUCAACCCCCUGCUCCGAUUCGCCCCCUGUGCCACUUUUUAAGCCCUGUCAUAAGCAGUCAGCAGAAUACAACUGGUAUAAGGGCAAAGGCUUCAGCAUAUGACCUGAGCACGCUCAUUAUGCGGUCGGCCGGAGAGUCCGGAGCAGGAGCCAGGGCCAGGACCUCCACCCUGGCUCAUCUACGGUGAAUCGGAGCCAGUCAGACCGAGAGGAGCUGAUCCCAGCCCAGCGCCUGCAGCAGCAGCUGUAGCCUGAGUGUUGCUGAGAGACAAUGGAGUCCGUAGCUGGGUCCACUGAGAGCCAAGUGCCGCUGCAGCAGGUGUCCUGUGUUGGUUGCAGUGGACACCUGAAGAGUGGUGGGAAGCCAGAACCUCCUCGUAACUGCAGGAAAUGUAACUACUACAAGAAACAUACAGUUGUGCUCGCAGUCGCCCUCGCAGUUGUGUCCUUAGGUCUCAUCAUCGCUACUACUGUCCUGGCAGUGCUCCUAUUCAUGAGAUCUUGGGAUGGUCGAGCCACCUCUGCUGGCCCCUCUCCGGGCCCCCCUUUAGUCCCCUGUCAGGGGCCCCCUUCUGUCCCCUGCUGCCUGGAGGGGUGGGUCGGAUACCGAGGGAAAUGCUACUAUUUCUCAAAGGAAGAAAAGAACUGGGAUUCUAGCCAGCACUUCUGCUCUUCAUUCAAUGCUUCCCUGGCAGUGAUUGACACCCAACAGGAAAAGGAUUUCAUGAUGCGCUAUGCAGCCCUCGUUGAGCACUGGAUCGGCCUCAGGAGAGAAUCAGGCCAGCCCUGGAAGUGGGUGAACGGAACCAUAUUCAGCCAGCAGCUGUUUGAAGUAAGAGCAGAAGGGGACUGCGCGUAUCUGAGCGACAUCUUCGUGAGCUCUUCCAGGUGCUAUUCUCUGAGAAACUGGAUCUGUAGCAAACCUGAUGCACAUACAAAGGGAAAGGAACAUAAAAUGGAGGGAGACUAGUAGGGAUGUAAAAGUUUAACUAGUUAACUGAUAAGCUUGCUACUAAUCAGUAGGGACCUACCAAUUUCAAGUGCGUUGGGGACCAAAAUAAGCCCUUCCCCCUGAAAUCCGUGUCCCCUUCUUCCUAGGUGUGCCCGCGCAAAGGGGGCAUCUAGCUCUGACUGGGCAGGAGAGGGAGAGGGAAAGGGUGCCCCCCCCCCCCCGCUGUAGGAUACAGGCAGCAUAGAAGGGAGGGUUACAAUCCCAUGACCCCCCGCAAUCAACAGGAAAAUCAGAAGGAAUCAGUAUUGCAGAGGGCCAAGGAGAGGCUCUAGCUGUGAGGGAACCACACUGAGUCUGGAAGCGGCUGAGGCAAGGUCCAGCUGUGCACGGGAGCGAGAUGUGAGCUGGGGGCAGGAGCCAGAUGUGUGCUGGGGAGGUGUGCUGGGGAGAAGCGCUAUGGACGCUGCCAAGAGCAAGUGUGAGCACCAUCCGCUCUGCAGCACGGUGAGGGAGCCAGACACCUGGCUGCCAAGUGCCCUGCCUGCCCUGGGGAAGCUCUGCAGUGGUGUGGCCGAGCCCAAGCCUGUGUGAGGAGGGGAGAAGUUGGUGGCAAGUCUCAACACUAGCCAGCCCCCAGCCUCUGUUCUGCGCCCUGGAGAGGAGUCAGGUGUCUCCUGGCAGAAAUUGGGGAGGGGGGCUGCUGCACAUGAAACCAGCACCACCCCCCCUGUUACCUCUGAUCGGUCAUUCCGGAAAUUAAAAAAUGGUUUUGGAAAACAUCACAUCAAUAGCAGCAAUUUCCAGAAAACACUGGCCCUAACCCUGAUUUAGGGUACGUCUACACUACGGGAUUAUUCCAAUUUUACAGAAACCGGUUUUGUAAAACAGAUUGUAUAAAGUCAAGUGCACG